AUGAAGAAGAAGAGGUGGCAGGGGAGACGAGGUCAGACACGAGAAGAAGAUGUCAGUGAUUCUCAGGUCAGCCAGGGACGGCCACAGAGCUCAAAGAUCACAGAGAGCAAAACGAGCACCAGUAAGGUGAAAACACGGCGAUGGACACCAUGUCCUUACGGCAGCUCCUGCUACAGGUAUUCCUCAUGCCACUUUCAGGAGUGCAGUCACCCUGCAGAAAGCGACUAUGAGGAAGAGGAGGCAGAGGAUGCUGACGAAGACAGGCCUGAGUGUCUGUAUGGCACCCACUGCUACAGAAAGAAUCUGCUCCACAAGAAAGAGUACAAGCACACUAAAUCACCACCCAAGACUGCUGCUGCUGAUGAGGAUGAUGGUCACUAUGAAAACAGUUUAAUUAUGGAUGAGCGUGAGGAGGAGGAGGAAGUGGAUGAAGACUUGGACUAUGUGCCCGAAUCAGCCGACAGAGGCAAAGGGGACAUUAAACGCCUGCAGAAUGAAGCAAAAGCAUUCAUCAGGAGGAAGAAGUGA